GCGCGCGCGCGCCACGACUCGCGGAACCGGAGUCACUCAGUCGUUGUGCUAUAUAUACAACUACUACUAUAUAUCGCACAUAUAUCGAGAGAGAGAGAAAUACAUAACGCUGCACGCAAAACUGCUUGUAUAGUGUAUGUACACACAUUCGUAUAUGCGCACCCCGCGCGAGUGCAAUGAUCAGGCCGCUCUGCGCCGCGUCAACGCCGCCGCCGCUGCAUUUACUAGUCGACACCACUUGAUGCGAUUUAGGCAAGAGACAGCCUGACGAAUUCAUUCAUCGUUCCAGGCUGAUUUAGUUGCCGAUCGAUGCCAUGAUCGAUCGCUUCGCUGCGCCGGACAGUCAUUUCUUAUUAUCAUUAUCCAAUUUGACUAAGAAUCGUGCGCUGCAGUGGUAGUAACUGCGAUCGAGGUUUUUAGUGCAUCCGCGUGUGUAAAGCCAGUUAUUUUGUUUGAUUCAAGAGAGUAGAAAAAUUUCGUUAAUAGUGAGUAUCAUCGGUUGAAUUCCAGCAAGUGCAGCUAUAAGGAGUGAUACACAACUGCGGGCGACGGAGGCAAAUCCGACGGCCGACUCGACAGGAUAAGUGAAUUACAUGCCACGAAAGAGCUCGGAAGCGUUUUUGGAGCAGCAGCAGCAGCAGCAGCAGAAUGGAACCAACAGCCAGAAUGACGUUACAUCUGGCCCUGAUCCUGCUAUUGCUCGCGUUUCGCGCGCGGCCAUCCGUUGCAGCUUCCGAAAGUAUCAAAGGUAGCCGAGAGACCUGCGACGUUGAAGGCGAGGACUUUACCGUCGACAAAAUUCCAAAUACCAAAUGCUUCAACUGUAUAUGCAAGAAUGGCUUUGUGGAAUGUCUGAAGCAGCAGUGCCCAAGCAUCGAGGGGUGCUACAUGCUCCUUGAUCCAAGAAAGGACGAUUGCUGCCAAAAAUGCAAGGGUUGCGUGAAAAACAACAUUCACCAUCCGUCGGGUACGGAGUGGGCCGAGCCGAACGACCCGUGCCGAAUAUACUCGUGCAACGCCGGCGUCAUCACGGAGUCGAGGCUGCGCUGCUACACGCCGUGCUCAAACCCGACGCCACCCCAGCCCGGCCAGUGCUGCUCGACCUGCUCGGGCUGCCGCGUCAACGGCCAAAAAGUCACGGAGGAGCGCUCGGUCAUGACCGCCGAGGAUCCCUGCGUCACGUGCAAGUGCAACAACGGCCGGCUCACCUGCGCCAAGAAGGCCUGCCCCGUGCUCCAUUGCCCGGCCUCGAGGAUACAGUACGUGCCGGGCGACUGCUGUCCCAAGUGCAAAGGUUUCGGCAAGUAUCUGCUGCCGCCGCGGGGCGCCUGCAUGCUCGGCACGGCCCUGCACAACACCGGCUCCAAGUUCAAUCUGGACGAGUGCACGCGCUGCAGCUGCAAGGACGCGGCCAUACACUGCGCCAAGGAGACCUGCCCGGUGCUCGAGUGCGCCAGCGAGUACCAGACCAAGCUGCCGGGUCGCUGCUGUCCCCAGUGCCCGCUGAUCGAGGAGAGCCGAGCGGCCUGCACCUACGCCGGCAAAACUUACGGGGAUGGCGAGACUUGGAAGUUAGACGCGUGCAAGUCGUGCGCUUGCCAGCAGGGCAAGGUGCGCUGUGCCAUGUCCAUGUGUCCGCCUCUAUCGACGCCUUGUCCACCGAAUUCACGACUGGAGCUGCCCGAAGGCCAGUGCUGUCCCAGAUGCGUUGAAAGCGACGGAGUUUGCACGGUUUUCGGCGAUCCGCAUUACCGUACGUUCGACGGCAAAUUUUUCACGUUUCGAGGCAGCUGCAAGUACCAGUUGGUGAGCGACUGCGCGAAUCAGACGUUCAGCAUACGAGUGACGAACGACGCUCGAUCGACUCGGCUUUCGGCCUGGACCAAGACGAUAUCGUUGAAAAUCGGUGAUCUCAAGGUCAAUCUCGGUCAAAAAAUGAGAGUCAAGGUGAACGGACAGCGAGUCGAGGUGCCCUACCGUAUGAACAAUCGCGUGGACAUAAACCGCACCCUCGAUUCGAUCGUUGUCAGCACGUUCCUGGGCAUCAAGAUACUGUGGGAUGGCAUCAGCUUUCUGGAGGUCUCGGCGCCCACCACCUACAGAAACAAGCUCUGCGGCCUGUGCGGUAAUUUCAAUUCUGUACCAAAGGACGACAUGCUGAAUCGUAAGGGCAAGCUCAUGACGGAUCCGGUGAAUUUCGGAAAUUCCUGGGCCGUCGGUACCAAGAGGGUUUGCUCGAGGACUAAGCAUCACACAGUGCAAAGGGGAUGCAAGCUACGAAAGGACCACCGAUUGUGCAACCGGCUGCGUUCAACGAUCUUCGAAUCCUGUCAUCGGAAGGUCAAUCCAGCCAUGUACUACAAAGCCUGCCUGCAGGACAUGUGCGAGUGUCCGAGCGAGAACUGCUACUGCGAAUCUUUUAUGGCGUACGCGCAUGAUUGUCAGCGUCUUGGUAUUCAGCUUCCGCACUGGCGCAAAUCGACUCGGUGCCGCACGGUCUGGGACACGACGCCGGUCUUUCAUCAUCACUCGGAGCUGCCGCUGAUCUUUUUCGACGAUGCCGUCGCUCCAAUGUCACCGGCCAAUCACAGCAAUAGUGGUAGUUUGACGCAUCGCAGGCGCUCGGGCUAGUGUCCCGACGAGUCAUGUGUCAUUUAUACGGUGGAAUCAUCGCUCGAAUCGUCGCGCGGUUACACUCGCGCAAAGAGAGUCAGCGGCCGACGGCGACGACGACGAAACUCAGGACGAGGACCCACGGCCGAUUGAUGCGUAGGAGAGAUUUAUUCUAUAUCACUGCUAGUCAUUUUAUUCAAUACGUUUACACGUACAAUACAGACGAUGGUCGGCCCGUACGUUGCCGGCGCCUCUGCGCACAAUUAUUGCCUUCACAAUUAUUUCGAGGACACCUUUCAGUAUUUUAGCCGAAGAGCAGGCUCUCUCGGCAAGCAUAUUGCAAUGCACACUUCUUGUACAGAAAAUCUAUUGCUACACACAGCUGAUCAUCGUUAUUCUUACUUGAAUAAGGAUUUCGAUGAAUUUACUGAUAAAGUCUACUUGCUACUGUCUGAUGUUGUAGUUUUUUAAUUUGAUGAUAAGUGUAGGGGAUUUACAAUAACAGUAAUAACAAUUUUAUUGUAAAAAAAAAUGUUCGUGUUGAAACUGAAAAAAUGAGUACAAAAGUACUGUUUUAGAAAUGAAAACUAGCACGAAUCAUUGCAGCAAUGCAAAAGAAUUAUAGUUCCUUCAUUUUUUCAACCGAUUCUAAUAUUAAAUUUUGAACUUUUGACUUGAGAUGGUGUUCAUUUUAUGUUAAAGGCAUAGUCAUGCAUGAUCUGCGAUAUUUGGCGCUCAUUUAUAGUAAACUGUUUUAGUAAUUUGAUAUGAAACUAGUGAAUGAUCAUUUUCUAAUGGAAGCUUAUUUAGAAUACUGUGUCAGGACAGCAUAUAAAUCUCGUGCAUGAUGAAUACAAUAAAUUCGCGAUAUAUGCAUGUAUUCAUAAAAUAUUUCUGUUAUUAUGUAAAAUUAAUGUUUCUUUUCUCUUUGUAGUGUAUAGUAUUAUUAUUAUUAUCAUGAAUGACUUAAUGGAUCUUAUAGAUACCGAUACAAGUUGUACUUGCUCGUAUAUAUUGUACAUUUUUUUAGGAAAAAAAUAUAAAUUGUUCCUGUAAUGAGUGUUAUCCUUAGAACAUAUAUAGACAUUUUGAAAUAAAUGAAAUAAAAUAUGAAUUAAUAUGAAUUUCAUUCCCAACGAACAAAUUUUAAAAAGCUAA